AUGGCAGAGCACUUUGGAGAAGCCAGCAGCUGUCCUGUGUGUGAGGCCUAUUUUAAGAAACCCGUGUACUUAAAGUGUAGAUACAUCUGCUGCCACCACUGCGUCACUUUCCUGCAGGUGGACGCCCACGGAGAGAGUUUUUUGUGUCCUCUCUGCUCUUUCGUCUCUCAGAAGGAUGACAUUAGGGCAAACUGUCAGCUGGGGAAGCUGGUCUGCAAGGUCAAGCAGCUGGAGCCGCACCUGAGAGCUGCUCUGCAGAUGAACCCGAGGAUGCUGCGGUCCCAAGUGGAUAUGACCUUCGAUGUUGACACAGCCCACAACCGCCUCCUCAUUUCCGAAGACGGGAGGCAGGUCCGAUGUGGACACAGCAUCCAGAAUCGGGAAGAGCGCGCUGAGAGAUUCAGCUACAGCAUCUGCGUCCUGGGCUCCUCUCGGUUCACCUCUGGCCGCCAUUACUGGGAGGUGGACGUGGGAACGAGCGAAGAAUGGGAUCUGGGCGUCUGCAGGGAAUCUGUUCCACGAGAAGGGAAGGCCAUGUUGUCUUCAGAACUCGGAUUCUGGACACUGAAUUUGAGAAAAGGAAAACACUUCUAUGCCAGCACUAAUCCAAAGACUGCUCUUUGGGUGAACCCCUGGUUACAACGUGUGGGGAUUUUCCUGGACAUGGAUAUUGGAAACGUUACUUUUUGUGACAUUAGCGAUGGAUCCCAUAUCUAUACAUUUACCAAAAUUUCUGCUUCUGAGCCACUGCGGCCAUUCUUUUCUCCUGCAAAUCUGAGAAAUGAUGAUGCAAGCUCCUUGAGUAUCUGUUUGCCAGUGAUUCCAAGUAUCCCAUUCCUCCAGCACAAGCCAGAAUAGACAAAUAAAGCCAAGACAACAAACACUUUUAUGGACAUAUGCUUGGUGUCUAUAUCUACAGCUUUUCCACCUGGCCCACCCAUUGUACAGAGUACUAGAAA